AUGGCGACCUCACCCGCCGGCCGUAUGCUGUCUCGCCAGCUGCAACAGAUGCAAUCCGAUAAGGACAUUCCGGGGAUCAGUUGUGGGCUGGCCGAUAACAACGUCUUCGAGUGGGAGGUGAUGCUGAUGAUCUCGGACGAUGUCAAGUUGUACGGAGGGGGUUUCUUCCGUGCUCGUCUGUCCUUCCCUUCAGAGUACCCGCACCUGCCACCCAAGAUGAAGUUUGAGACACCGCUCUUCCACCCAAACAUCUACCCCAACGGCGAAGUCUGCAUCUCCAUCCUGCACCCGCCCGAGGAGGACAAGUAUGGCUACGAGUCUGCCGCCGAGCGCUGGUCCCCCGUGCAAACCCCCGAGACCAUCCUUCUGUCCGUUAUUUCCAUGCUGUCCAGCCCCAACGACGAGAGUCCCGCCAACGUCGAAGCGGCCCGAUUAUGGCGUGAGGAUCCUGCCGAGUUCAAGAAGCGCGUUCGUCGAUGUGUCCGGGAGAGUCUGGGCGAGGAGUGA